CCAGUUUGGGCUCUUAUGGAUCAUUUCCAGUUCGAUCUGGGCACUGGUCCUGUUCUGUGCUCUCUCCCUCAGGACAAGGAUUGCAGGAAGGAGAUCCCCACACAGCAGUCCCCUCCUCACUCUCUGGGCAGUUUGGACAGCUCCCAGCCCAAGGCUGGCCCCAGCCUGGCCCAGGGCACCCGCAGUGUCCCCACACAGACCUCGAGGUGCCCCCUGGGCUCCUGUGACAGCUGCUCCAGCGCCCAGGCCAGCCUGCGGGAGGUGGGCAGAGCCAUCACCAGCCUCUGCCGGAGCCAGAACAUCCCCUCGGCCCUCAGCAAAUUCCAGGGGGUGCUGGAGGACAGCACAGGGAGAAGGAGCCUCUCUGCGACAGAGCUGAGCUACUGGGCCACAGAGCAGAGCAAGGAUCUCUCCCGGAUUAACAAACACCUCCAGGAGCUGCUGCAGCAGCUGAACCCGGUGAAGGCUGAGCUGGAAAAGGUGGGGAAACAGAAGGAGGAGCUGAGGAAACAGGUGGAGGACUUUUCCUGGAAGCUGCAGGCAGAGAGGGAGACCCAAGUGCAGCAGCAGAGGAAGGCAGAGCAGAGCCUGAAAGCCAAGGACAAGGAGCAUUCGGAGGCUGUGGCCAGGCUGGAGCAGGAUAAGGAUGAUCUAAGAAGAGGAGCAGCUCUGCUGGAGGAGCGACUCUCCACCCUGAAGGAGGAGCUGGAGGUGAAGCAGGCAGCUCUGCAGGAGCUCGAGCUCACCAAGACCACCUUGCUAGAGGAGAUGAGGACCACCAUGGUGGCCCGGAGCCAGAUGCUGGAGCUGGAGGAGAAGGUGCAGAUGCUCACAGGCCAGCGGGACAGCCUGGAGCAGGAGCUGAGUGCCACCAGCUUGGAGCUGGAGAAGGAGAAGGUCCGAGUGCAGAGUGUGCUGCUGCACGAGGAGUCCCUGCAGGCCAAGCAGAAGCUCCUGCUGCAGCAGCUUGACAGGCUGGACCGGGAGCAGGAGGAGCUGCAGAACAGCCUGGGAGAGGCCGAGGAGGACAAGGCCCGGCUGGAGGAGCAGCUGGAGCAGAGCCGGGAGCAGAGCAGGAAACAGCUCCAGGUGCAGCAGGAGCUGCUGGACACGCUGCAGCAGGAGAAGCUGGCCCUGGAGCAAUCCAUCCUGGAGCUGCAGACAAACACGUCUCGGCUGGAGGAGCAGGCGCAGGAGCUGAGGGAGCGGGAGAGGCUCCUGGUGUUCUUCCCUGAGCUCCAUGUCCCCACUGAGGCGCAGUUUGAGAGCAGGAGGGAUGCCCACACCUCUGAGCAGGCUGAGCUCCGCUGGAUUUUGCCUGCAGGCACUGGGAACUUGAUGGAGGACAUGGAGCAUCAGCUCCAGGCCAACAGCAUCCGGAUCGGGGUGCUGGAGCGGGAGAACGCGCGGCUGGGCGCUGUGCUGGCCAAGGUGAAGGCGGCUGCCCAGCAGGGCGUGCUCAAGCUAAUCCCACAGGCCCAGCUGGGGUCCCAGCUCCAAGGGGAGGCCAGCGGGCAGGACACGGGGUGGCCCAGCAGGGGAGGCAGCAGCGACAGCAGAGGGAUGCCAGGAUGCAUGGACAAAGCCUGGCAUCGAGUUCCCAGCAGCCAGCACUCCAAGGUGCUCCGGGCAGGGCCCACAUUCCAGGCCAGACCCAGCCUGUCACUCCCAGUGGGACGCCUGGGGCUCGACCCCCCCUUGCACCACACAGGGACCCACCACAAAUAAACACUGAUGAGCUGAUCUUC